ACAAAGCAGAGGUAGCGAGACUUCUCCUUGCAAAUGGUGCCAACGUAAAUGCAGAAGAUAAGGAAAAAUGGAUUCCAAUCCAUGUAACGGCAAAACAUGGAAGUGUAAAUGUGGCAAAAAUUCUGAUUCAAAAUGGCGCAAAUGUGAAUGCUAAAGAUUCUUUACCCAAUAAAAGAACGCCUUUAUUCGAAACGGCAUGUUACGGUCAGGUAGAAGUUGCUAAAGUUUUGAUCGCAAAUGGAGCCGAUGUAAACGCUAGAGAUAUUGGUCAACUUUCCGUGGUUAGAGCUUUGAUUGAAUACGGAGCUGACGUGAAUGUCGAGGAUAAUGAUAAAUCGACUCCGCUCUUUUUCGCAUGCCAAAACCCUGACCCACAAAAGAGUAAAGUGAUAGCUGAACUUUUAAUUGCCGUCGGUGCCAAUGUAAACGCCAAAAGUAAUUCUGGGAGUUCACCACUUUUAGAAGCAGCAUCUCGUGGUAAAUAUCCACAACUUUUGCAUUUAAAUUGA